AUGCGGAGGCGAGCCAGCGUGGUACAUCCUCCCGUCAUCCCGGAUCCCAAAGGAGGCCUGCUGAAGAAAGUGAUGGAUUCCACCGUUUUACUUUUUACUUUAGGCCCAGGAAACCCGCAACAACAGAUCAAGAGCCUGCACUCCACAGCUCCAGAGCCAGAAACACCUGCAGAAAAGCGACACUACAGGAGAGGGAAGAUGUCGACGAUCCCUCUGAUAGAUUGUCCGGAGGGUUACAAGAGAAUCAACAGCUCUCAUUGCCAAGAUUUAGAUGAGUGCCAGCUACAGGGAGUGUGUCCUAAUGGGAACUGUCUGAACACCAUGGGCAGCUACAGGUGCAUGUGUAAACCUGGCUAUGUCCCUGACCCCACGCUCACCAUGUGCAUAUCCAACACGCCUGCCAUCCAAGAGGAGAAGGGUGCUUGCUUCCGUUUGGUCAGCUCAGGGAAGCAGUGUUUGCACCCGGUGUCUGCCCAGCUGAGCAAACAGCUCUGCUGCUGCAGUGUGGGCAAAGCCUGGGGCCCUCGUUGUGACAAAUGCCCCCCUCCAGGAACAGCUAAGUUCAAAGAGAUCUGUCCCGGUGGAAUGGGCUACACUGUUCUACCAAAUCCACCUGUCAAUAAGCCAGUCACCGUUUACCAGAAGCCCAUUGACCCGCUACACCCUCAACCCCUGCCAACACCAGAAAGACCAGUGGAGGCUUUUGGCAAACCAGAAGAGAUUAUACCAGCUUCUCCCAGGUAGCCCAAAUAAUUCCUAGUCCAGCUGGAAAAUGAUGAC